UCUAGGUGGGUUGGUUGCAUACCGUGCCUGGAGGUUGUGCUUGUCUCUUGACACGUUUUUUCCCUCCCUUACCCCAAAAAAUGAAUGCCGGGAAGAGAAGCGGGAGGAUGUUUCUUUUGAGCCGGGAUCCUGUAUGAAAUGGCGCAGGAUGUCCCGAGACCCCUUCGCCGGUUGGACUUCUCUGCUAGAGAAAAGCCCCUUCCAGGGUAUCAGUCUUUUAGCGUCUGGUGUUCUUGAAAAAAUGUCAGGAGAUAUACCAUUAAACAUCAAUAUCAAAGAGCCUCGCUGGGAUCAAAGCACAUUUGUUGGACGCGCUACCCACUUCUUCACGGUUACUGAUCCUAGGAAUAUAUUGUUACCCAAUGAACAAUUAGAAAAAGCAAAAAUAAUUGUACACAAUUACAGGCAAGGCAUUGUGGCCCCUGGCCUGACAGAAGAUGAACUGUGGAGAGCAAAAUAUGUCUACGAUUCAGCCUUCCAUCCAGAUACGGGUGAAAAGAUGGUUUUGAUUGGCCGUAUGUCUGCUCAGGUGCCUAUGAACAUGACAAUUACUGGCUUCAUGAUGACAUUUUAUAGAACAACUCCAGCUGUGGUCUUCUGGCAAUGGAUUAAUCAGUCCUUCAAUGCCAUUGUAAAUUAUACCAACAGGAGUGGAGAUGCUCCAAUUAAUGUCAGCCAGCUGGGAACGGCCUAUGUUUCUGCUACCACAGGUGCUGUUGCAACUGCUCUAGGACUUAAUGCACUCACAAAGCAUGUUUCACCACUUAUAGGACGUUUUGUUCCUUUUGCUGCUGUAGCUGCUGCAAAUUGUAUUAAUAUUCCAUUAAUGAGGCAAAGGGAACUAAAGUAUGGUAUUCCCAUUACAGACGAAAAUGGGAACAGACUGGGUGAAUCAUCUAAAGCUGCUCAACAGGCCAUUGUGCAAGUUGUGAUUUCAAGGAUCCUCAUGGCUGCUCCAGGAAUGGCCAUUCCCCCGUUCAUAAUGAAUACUUUGGAAAAGAAGGCAUUUUUAAAGAGGUUCCCAUGGAUGAGUGCCCCCAUUCAAGUAGGAUUAGUGGGUUUCUGCUUGGUGUUCGCAACACCUCUGUGCUGUGCAUUAUUUCCACAGAAAAGUUCCAUGUCUGUAACACGUCUGGAGCCAGAAUUACAAGCUAAGAUCAAAGAAAUGAGUCCUGAAUUGGAUCGGGUAUAUUUUAACAAAGGAUUAUGAUUUAUAGAAGACAAAUAGGGUGAUUUGUCCUUCAGUUAUAGCUAGAUGAAUUUAUUUUAAUUGAGUCUACUUAGUUGAAACAAUGCAAUCCUGAUGCAUUCUUUCAAUUUUUGUAUCAUUUUGAACACUGAGAUUAUUUAAGUAUCAUAAGGAAAUUUUCAUAAUUAUGGUUGAAAAUUCUGACAAUUGUCCAAUUCAGCUGCAAAUAUUCAAAAUGGUUUACAUUAAGAAUUACUUAUCAGUCAAAAUUUUAAUUCCUUUGGAAAGUGUAACAACGUCAAGGAAAUCAGACAGUGUUAUCUUAAAGUUACGAUCUACCUUAUUUUUUUUUUCCACUAAAAGAAAGUAAAUAACAAAUUCAUUUCCGCUAUUACAUUUGUAAAUACAAUUCAGGUGACAAUUAUCUAUCGGAUUACUUCCUCAGAGUCCCAAAGUGUUAACUUUGUGGUAUCCUGUUGAUAGAUGGAUCUUAGAUUUUCUUAUUUCACUUAUCUAAUGUAUGAAUGGGGAAGUAAUUAUGAUAGGUGAGCCUAUCACUGCAGUACCGAAAUAUUUCGGUGCUGCAGAAAUUUGAAGCCAUUGCCAUUGCUUAUUUAUUAUUUGACUCCUGCACUUCUAACAUAAAAAACUCUAUGAAAUUGGACAAACUCUGCUCGGAUAAAAUUCUAUUUAGAAUGUCCUCAGUUUACUAAAAUGAAAUAAGGUCACUAAGCCAGAGGUUCCCAAACUUUCUUGGUUCACAGCAUCCUUUAGUGUGUCAGUAAUUUUUUUCACAGUGCUUCUACUAGUUCUCAAAUCAUGUACAGGUAGUCCUCAAUUUACAACCAUUCAUUAGGGACUGCUCGAAAUUACAACCAUGCUGGAAAAAAAGCAAGUGCAUUUUUCGCACUUCUGGUGUGAUUUUUGUCACGUGAUCAAAAUACGGACACUUAGCAACUGCUUCCUAUUUAUGGUUGCAGUGUCCCAGGGCCAUGAGUUAACUUUUUGCGACCUUCUGACAAGCAAAGUCAAUGGGAAAGCCAGAUUCACUUAACAACCGUGUUGCUAACUUAACGACUAUAGUGAUUCACCUAACUGUGGCAAGACAGGUUGUAAAAUGGGGCAAAACUCAUUUAACAACUGUCUUGCUUAGCAAUGGAAAUUUUGGGCUCAAUUGUGGUCAUAAGUCGAGGACUACUUUUACCCUCGACUUACAACCAUUCAUUUAGUGACCAAGUUUGCAACAGCAUUGAAAAAGGGGACUUAUGUUUUUCAUAUUUGCGACCAUUGCAGCAUCACCAAGGUCACAUGAUAAAAAUUCAGAUUUUUAUCAUGUGAUAAAAGCUUGGCAACUGAUUCAUAUUUAUGAUGGUUGAAGUGUCCUGGGUCACGUGAUCCCCUUUUGCAACCUUCUGACCAGCAAAGUCAAUGGGGAAGCCAGAUUCAAUUAACUGCUGUGUUACUCAUUUAACAACUGCAGUGAUUCACUUAACAACUGUGACAAGAAAGGUCCUACAAUGGGUCAAAACUCACUUAACAAAUGUCUCACUUAGCCAUCUAAAUUUUGGGCUCAAUUGUGGUUGUAAGUUGAAGACUAACUGGUACUAUGGCACCCGGGUCAGUUUUUAAUUAGUAAAUAAUUCCAUGGUGUUGUUUCUUAAGUAAUACAAUAUCAAGUUAUUAAUUAGGUAGCAAAAUACCCCAUGGUGCCCUGUGAAUUCACUGCAAUGCUCUGGGAUGCCAUGGUGCACUGUUUAGGAACCAUGGCACUAAGCCAUAAAAUAAGCAAUGAGAAUAUCUGCUAUAAGUGAUCUUGUAAGUCAAGUCUUGAAGCCUAUCCAAAUGUUGAGCAAGGCAUACUCCUGUCAGGACAAUACUACCUCCCUGUGUGUGUGAUGCAUCACGAAGAUGGCAAUUAUGCCCUGCACAUACAAAGCCAAAAACAUUAAUUCUCCUAGUUUAAGAAAAUGCUUUCUUGGUUAACAUUUUAAUCAGCUUUGCAUCCAGCCGCAAUGGACAGGAAUAUCUUAUGAAUUUAUAAUGGCUUGCAGUCAUUGUGCACUAAUGCGCAACUGGUGACAUUGGCCAAAUUCUGCAAAACCUCAAGAUCUUGAAUUUAUACUUUUCAUCAGUACAUUUCUGUGGUCUUAUCUAUUAUGUUUCCCCAGAAAUGAAUAAUACAUAUUAUAAGAUCAUGUUCUCAUAUUUGAUGAUUCUCAAAUUCAUGAGAUAGUCUGUUAAAUACAUAAAAACAACAGACGGCUAAAUACUAUUUUCAGAAUGUGCUGCUUUAUUUUAUUUUUUAUUCCCAAAGGAGGUGCUAUACAGCAGUUUUUAAAAAACAUGGGCAAAACAUGUAUUUAUAGCAUUUUUAAUCGAUUUCCUACUUGAUUUCUGCUAGUUUGCUAUAUACUGUACCUAUAGUAGAACAAUCCUGUGCAGUAGGGUGCUAUUGUUUCUCAUUAUAAAGACAUGAGAAAACAGAUCAUAAAAUAGUGACUUCUUAAAGGUCACCUGGAAAGUCUAAUACUAAGUUGAACCAAAGUCCUGAUGCAAAGUUGAUUGAAACAUUUUAAUUAUUCAUUUGGUACAAAUUCUGAAAAUUGUUUCUCUGAAUGUUUCCAUUGGAAUUUCAGCAUGCCUGAUAAAACAUAGAUUAAUGAUAUUUACUAUUUAAUGUACCUUCUCCCAUGUGUAAUAUCACAUUGGAGACCUUUGUACUGGUUUGACUAGAUCUAGUUCUGUACUCAGUGAAAUUGCUAUUCAGGAUAAACUUUGGCCUUUGUAUAUAUCCAAAAUAAUAUAGUAUACACAGUUAGUAGACCACUUAGAGCAUAGCUAAUACCCAGAUGUAUUAGACAGAAUAUAAUCUAUUAUUAUUAUCAUUAUAAAACAUUGCAAUGUGCCAUAUAGCAGAAGUUUACUUAGUGUCAGAUGAUUCUCAACUUGGAAUGGAAAGGAAAAAAAAUGAAUGUUUUAUUUGAACACCUACUUUACAACCCCUAAGCAGUUAUAUUUGCAGCUGGCAGUUUAUCUUGAGUUCCUCAAGAUAAAACAAAGAACAGGCCAGCAUAGCAUUGUCUAAUUUUCCACACAAACAUACUCACAGGAAAAUUAGCUAACUGGGUAUAUUGUUCAUGUCAGAUUACGAUGAGACUCUUAGCUAAAGUCUUGGUUUAAGUAUUAGUUAUGUUAUCUGUUCUGCUGGUGGUUCUUCUAACAAAUGUGGAAAGGAUUUCCUGAAUUGAGAGAAACUGCCUCCAAGACAAAAUUGUUUAUAAGCUUGGUUGCUGUUUUUAAAGACUUAUGUGUCUCCUCAUACAGCUCUGGAUUUUGUACUGCCUGUUUAGGUUACAUCCAGAAAGUUUGCACUUUCCAGUCCAUGUCAUACUCUGAUAUGAGUGGCAUACAUGAAAAAUAUCAAAGAUCACUUGCCUUUAAACAGAAGUGGUGUGGCAAGAAGUAGUCUGCAUGUGAUGGGGAAAGGAAGGGGAAUUUUGCAGCCUAAUAACUGUGCCACCUACCUGUACUUUGAUCUCAGAGAUUUCUGCCAGUGCAGAUAUCAAUUUUACAACCAUCUGAUUAUAUCAUAUCUAUUCAGCAAUUGGACCCCAUUUUGUUAAGAAGGGGUUGAUUUCUUCAUCAAGAGGUGUAGGCUGCAAUUACUGACCUUGGUUCCUUAGCAAAAUAAUGGCAAUAAUUAUUUUUGAAAUGUGAACUUUAGUUAAUUGCUAGUAAUUAUAGUUCACAACUAAAGAAACUACAGGAAGGAGAUUAAUGAUGCAGUCAUCUGUUUAAGGACAGGGAUUUUUUUGAGAGAGAUUUCUGCAACGGUCCAGGAGAUGUGCUUCGUUGAUAUCACUUGAAUAUAUGUCAUGUGACUUCAGUCUGCUUAGAAAAACUGGGUAUUCGCAUGUGGCAUGCUUAAAAUAAUAUAGCCUAGAGCACAACAAUCUUUACUUGCGUAUUUUGUUUUCUAGGAUUAAAAAAUAUUCUUUUAUUCCUGGAAUACACAUAUUUAAAACAAAUUAAGUAUCAGCAGGUUUUUGUUCAUUUUUUUAAACAGGAAAACUGUACAUUUUGUUUUCUUUGUAAUGUUUAGCAGAACAAAAUAAAAUUAGAAUCAGGAAAUUUAUACUGAUCUAGUAGAAAUGUUUCUUUUUUUAAAUUUCCAAUGAAGUGCAAUAAGGAUACAGAAUUAAUUAAAUGAGUAACUAUUAAUAUUGUCCAAUUUUAGAAAAAGAAUAUGGAUUAUACUGUGAUUCGCAUACUUUUUCAAUACGAGUAUUAGCACAUUAUCUUGCCAGAAUUGAUGGUAUUGCUUAAAAUCAGUUGGAUGAGAUAUUAAAAUUGAUAAUUAAAAUGU